AUGUCUUCUCAGAAAGACUACUCCUCUGCUUUCGCAGAACUCCAAUCCACCUAUGGAUUUGGCGGCCAUGUACCUUCCCCCAUACCGAAGAAAUCGAAAACCUCUGAGACAUCGAAACCUUUCCUUCCAUCAUUCCUUCGUUCGCGUACUCAGUCACCGUCCCCUUCGUCCACGUCUACAAAGGCUUCCUUUGGUGCGCUGCCAUCGAAGUUAGGCGCGUCGCCAGUAUCCCCCGAAAGGGAUGAAACAAAGACUGCGUUGAAUAAGGAGGCACAAGCAUAUGCGUAUUUGGCUGGGAAAGGCGUCCAGGGGGAAAAGUUACUGCAUGAUGAGAAGUCAAAAUUUUUCCUUAACGACCUUUUGAGUCUCGAAUCUCGAUGCACUGACAGCCUGAUUGACGGAGAGAAUAAGCUGGAUGCAGCAGCAUAUUGGGGAUGA